AUGACAGAGGAGGCUUUUGUCAACGUUUCAUUUCCAGAUUUGAAGGAACUGGAAAAUAAGCUUGGCCGUAAAAUACCUGAAAGUCUUCUGCUUUGGAUGAGGAACGCCACAGACUCGGACGAUGGUGAGAUAGAGGACCAAAGCUGCCUUUUCAGUGAUUCUUUUGCGAACAAAUUGAGCAACCUUAAACAACAGAUGAGGUGGAUGCGCUCCGCGGACGUGAGGAUUCUACGCCAGCUGGUUGCCGUGCAUGAGGGUAUCGAGUCCAUGCAUUGGCUCAUGACGGAGCGGAGCACCUCGGCCAGUCGUGACAGCAGCCUGGCAGGAAGUAUCAGCAGCCUGGUGGCAGUAGAGGAGCACGCGGACCCGCUAUCUCCAUGCAGGGACAAUCCAAGGUCAACGUAUCCCAAAGAUUUGCCUGAUACCUUUUGUCAAGUACCAUCAAGUCCAUCGCACGCUGACAGUGACCACCCACAUCUACGGAGCUGUGCUGAAAAUCCAAGGCAAGAGUCCAGCCCAUCCACAGACAAUUUAGCUCAGACCGACUUCCAAGUGUCCCAACUCCAGGAUUCAGAAGCUCAGCCUUUACAGGACCUGAAGGAAGAUGCCAAUCCAGUUAAAGAAGUUCAUCUCGGCUCUAACGGCUUUGACCUUAUUGAAGGGUCACAAGAGACAAAGCAACAAACUCACGGCAGCAUAGCAGAGGAGGAGAAGAUGGAGGCGGUUUUGUUUGGGUAUGAUGCUCAGUGGUGCUGGAUAGAGUCACAGGAUGAUGUGACAUUUUUAUGAUCUGUCAAACACACACCUCUAUAAUGUGAAUCUAUUUUUGGGUCUGAUAAAAAAAAAUGCAACCUGUAUUGUCGCAUAUACCGUACUGUAAAUGCAAUCAGAUUUUAAUUUAGCCCUUGUUUUAAAAAGGCAAAUGUUUCGCAAUGAUUGGAAAUUACACUAUUUGAAUUAACAAGAAGCUGUAGCAUCCAUUGACGAAAAAAUAUUGGUUCACUUCUCCUGUCCCACGUAAAUCCAUUUCAAUUUUAAGCAGCGACUCUCAUAUCCUUCUGAACUCCGUGGAUAGAAAACGCAGACCGAUUCAGCCCUCACCGCUCAUAUACAAAUGAUCAACAUCCACAACUCACGCGUGCAAUCUUGACUUUAAUAUUGCUGAGUCAAUAAAUAAUUCCAAAACUG